UAGGAACUUCACUUCAUAAAUACAUAUAUAUUGGUAUAUAUACACAUUUAGGUAUUAUCAAUAAUAUAUGUGUUUGUGUUGCUAUAUGGCAUUGCAAAAUUCAUUCCGGGGUUGGAGAUGUUGGUUAAGCAUGGAGACAAUGUUUAUUGCUUUAUGCAUUUUUGUGUUGUUGAAUUCAAGUGUUUCAUGUGCUGCCCGUUUAUUACCAACAGUCCCGAAUCGUGUGCCACAAAACAAUAUGGAAGUAUCCAUGUCCUCCGGGAAGGUGAUUGGGAGGUACUUGCAGGUUGAAGCUGAAAUCGGCCAGACACCCCCCAUGGGGUGGAAUAGUUGGAAUCACUUUGGUUGUGAUGUCAAUGAAAGCAUAGUUCGUGAAACAGCUGAUGCAAUGGUAUCAACCGGGCUUGCAGCUUUAGGGUAUCAGUAUAUUAAUUUAGAUGACUGUUGGGCCGAACUUUAUCGAGAUGCAGAGGGGAAUAUGGUUCCCAAUGCCGCAGCAUUCCCUUCAGGAAUCAAGGCUUUAGCUGAUUAUGUUCACAACAAAGGUUUAAAGUUUGGGAUCUAUUCAGAUGCUGGAAAAUUGACAUGCAGUAAACGUAUGCCUGGAUCACUCGGACAUGAAGAACAAGAUGCAAACACAUUUGCUUCUUGGGAAAUUGACUACUUGAAGUAUGAUAAUUGUGAAAACAAUGGUAUAAGUGUUAAAGAAAGGUAUCCGCCAAUGAGUAAAGCUUUAUUAAACACCGGAAGACCAAUCUUCUUCUCUAUGUGCGAAUGGGGAUGGGAAGACCCUGCGAAUUGGGCCCAAAGUGUGGGGAAUAGUUGGAGAACAACAGGAGACAUUAAGGAUAAUUGGAACAGCAUGACUUCCAUAGCGGAUUCAAAUGACCAAUGGGCAUUGCUUGCUGGACGUGGACAUUGGAAUGAUCCUGACAUGCUCGAAGUUGGAAAUGGAGGGAUGACCAAAGAAGAAUAUCGUGCUCAUUUCAGCAUAUGGGCAUUAGCUAAGGCUCCUUUAUUGGUUGGUUGUGAUAUUCGCGCUAUGGACGACACCACACAUGAACUAAUAAGCAACUCAGAAGUUAUUGUAGUAAACCAAGACAAACUAGGAGUUCAAGGAAGGAAAUUGAAAACUAAUAAUGAUUUGGAGAUAUGGGCUGGUCCUCUCAGUGGUAACCAAAUAGCACUGGUGUUAUGGAAUAGAAGUUCAUCACAUGCUACAGUGGCUGCAUCUUGGUCUGACAUUGGCCUGGAACCAGAGACUAUAGUUGAUGCAAGAGAUUUAUGGGAGCACUCAACACAAACAUCACUUUCAGGAGAGAUCUCAGCUGAAUUAGCUUCACAUGCUUGCAAGAUGUAUGUCCUCACUCCCAAAAGCUAGCAUGUUUACAAAGGCAGAAAAGUAGAUUAAAAAAAAAGCCAUGGUUCAAAUUUUGUGAUAUGUAUUGCAAUGUCGGUAACUAAAUAAUGUUCCCACGAGGGAGCGAUAAAAUAAAUAGAUGUAAUUAUCAAAAUAAAUACACACGCUGAAAUUUUCAUUGA